GCUGCGAUGCUGCACGUGCAAUGUGAAUCACGAAUGUAUGAUGCCGCGCUUCCACACACCUUCGACCUGCCUACUGGGAUGAAGGUGCUGCCUUAGUGAUGUGGUCCGCUUUUGGAAUGCGCGCGUGUGAUAAUCACGGCGCACUAGCCAUGUGGACAACAUCACCCGCUCGCUCCCUCCUUCGUGAUCACGUCUACCAUCCUCCAUCUGACUGCGCAGGAUCGUCGUGCAAGCUGAUUGCCUACGACGUCUCCACCAGACCGUUUGAUCAGGAUGAGCGACAUCAACCGGCCUGCCAGGCCGUACGUGUCGAUCCAGCACCAACCAUGGAAGGCCAUCUACAUGACCAAGACUCUCAUAUCUGUCCUUUUCUUUCAGUUGCCCUUCUACGCAAUCACGCAGCUGCUCUUUCGAUCUGCCCGUCCCCAUCCCGACUUUACCUUUGCUCAAGCAAUGGUAGUGCGCAUCGUGCGUUUCAUGGGUCUCUUCAGGCGCGCAGACUGGUACUCCGAUAGAUGGACCGUGGAGAAGCUGUCGAAGUACACGAACGCAAAGUCAGAAUCUCUCGGUAGGCUCUUGGCCAAGGCGGUGUGGGUGCCAAAGCUGGAUGGCGCGCUACAAGGUGAGGCGGGUCAGCUGGAAAAGAGAGCGGGAACGCGCAGCGUGCGCACCCACGGCUGGUGGUUUGCCAUCCCGUCCAGCCUGGACUCGCACGGCAAUGCGGCGCAAUGGCGGGAGCUGUUUGACGAGGAGGAUGUAGAGAAGGCAGCAGUGGCCAGGAUAAAGGCUGCCAAAGGCGAGCAGGUGUUGCUCUACUUUCACGGAGGAGGCUACUUGGAGCGAUCUGCUGGGCCCAAAUCCCAAACUACAGCUGUACCUCGUCAGCUGCUCAAAAAGAUCGAGGAGCACCUUGCUCAAGGAUACGAAGGCGAUGCAAAGCUCUUGCCGCGCAAAGCGUUCUCGCUCGAGUACCGGCUCAGCGACAAGACAUCAUUCUCGGGCAUCCUUGCCGACGCCGUGUCCAGCUGGCGUUAUCUUGUAGAGGACUGCGAAUAUGAGCCGGAGAACAUCUAUGUUGGAGGCGACAGUGCUGGAGGUCACCUCAGCCUCGCGCUUACGCGGUACAUCCGAGACGUGCGACCUUUCGGCAAAUCUGGGAUGCCCCGGGGUCUGAUGCUGUACUCGCCUUGGGUCGACGCCUCGCUGUCGUACGGCACCAAGCCCAACGCCUCGCAUCACCUCAACGCGCCGUAUGACAUUUUGAGCCUCAUGGGCCUGGCGACCGCAUCCUCGGAGCUUCUGCGCGGCGUGGCAGCAGGCGACGAGAAAAGCCUGUACAUUUCCAGCCUUCAUCUGGGUCGCGAGUCGCCCGUGCACGACUACAAAGGCUUCCCUCCCCUCAUCGUCAUGGGUGGAAGUCUGGAAAAGUUCAUCGACGAGAUAAGGGAUCUGGCAAAGGCGUACAAGAAAGAUGUGCAGGCUGACCAAACGCUCGUGCACAGCUUUGAGGACAAGAAAGCGUCGCACGACCCGUACAACAUUCCCAUCUGCUAUGCAGAGGUGCAGAAAGUCGGCAUGGAUCGCAACUUGAAGUGGCUACUCAAGCUGAACACUUGAAGACAAGUUCAAAUCCCAAAGGAAGACGAAAUGGAAGACGGCAAGCAGCGCGUCAACGACAGCGCUCCCAUACCGCAGAUCAGCACCUCUCACCCGUCCGCACUUCGCCUCACCCCGCUGUGCUCGGGUCGAGAAGUUU